AUGUCUGAAAAAGGGAAAUUUGUGGCUUCUCACAUUGCUAGUGCUUCCCACUAUGAGAAGCAUGAUGAUGUAAAUGUUGUGAUUGAUCUAGAGGAUGGUAGCUCUGAUGAUCAAGAGGGAAUCUUGAUUCAUCACAUGAAGACAAGUGUGGCUAAACGCAUGAAGACUCGCAAAGGAAAAUUUAUGGCUGAACUUAUGUUAGCUAGAAAAUCCAAGAAGACUGUUGGUAUUGGUUCCUCCAAACCAUGGAGCAAGGUUGAAGUAAAGAAGAGGAAGGUCAGAGAUGAUUCUGAGCCUGAAGAGAAUGUUGAGGAAGAUGUCCCUGACAUCUCGCCUGCAAAGAAAACUACUGUUAGGAAGUCUCCUGUUAAAGUCACUGCUGUUCGUUUGGAUAACAUCUCCUUCCAUCUUGAGGAUGGAGCUGCUAAGUGGAAAUUUGUGAUUCAGAGAGGGGUAGCUGUGGAAAGGGAGUUGGGAAAAGAUGUUGUUGAUGUCAAGGAGGUCAUGGACCUGAUAAAAGUUGUUGGGCUGUUGAAAAUUGUUGCUGGGUUCUCUCCAUGCUAUGAAGGUUUAGUUAAGGAAUUUAUUGUUAACAUUCCUGAGGAUAUUGCUGAUAAGAACAACAAGGAGUUCUGUAAGGUGUAUGUGAGGGGUAAGUGUAUAACAUUCUCUCCUAAUGUUAUUAAUAAUUUUCUAGGUAGAAAAAUUGAGGGUGUAGGAGAAUUAGAAGUUACCGAUAAUCAAGUCUGUAGGGAGAUUGCAGCUAGGCAGGUGAAAGUUUGGCCUGUUAAAAAGCAUCUUCCUGCUGGGAAGUUAACUGUCAAGUAUGUUAUCCUGCAUAAAAUAGGAGCUGCCAACUGGGUCCCUACCAACCAUAUCUCCAACAUUGCUAAUACUCUUGGGAGGUUUAUUUUUGUUGUUGGAACAAAAGUGAAUUUUGACUAUGGUAUAUUUAUGUUUGAACAAAUCAUCAAGCAUGCAACUACUAAUGUUGUUAAGCUGCCAAUUGCUUUUCCCUCUAUGAUCUGUGGAAUUAUCUUGAAUCAACAUCCUGGUAUUCUGUGCUCUAAUGACUUACCUAGUAGAAGAAAACCUGCUCUGUCUGUACACUACAAACUGUUUGAAGGAAGUCAUGUCGAGGAUAUUGUCCUGACAUCUGCCAUGAAGAGGCCAGCCUCAAAAGUUGGAGCUAUUGCAGAGCUUAAGGAGACAUGCAAAGAGCUAGGUGAAGGGAUAAGGAUAGCCACAGCUAGAAGAAAAUCGUUGGAAGCCUUGAUUGUAAGCUUGGAGCAGGCUAAGGGUGAAAAUAUUGAUCAUGCUAAUGUCAACCAUGAAGAAGAAGCUGAAGCCCACACCUCUAGUGAGAGGUCUGCAAAUAAUGAUGAUGCCAGUGGCAAUUCUGGUUCUGGUGCUGAUGAAGAAGCUGCAAACUCAAGCUCUACUAAGUAG